AUGAUAGACGACAACUUUGAAGACCUCAUCCCACUGAGAAUCAGCUAUGUUCCAGGUGUCGUUCUCGAUGUGAUCAUGAAGAGUGCCGAGGAAGGUGCAUCUGCGCCGUUAGAGACCUCCUCACCCUCUCAAGGUAUUGUGGGACACAUACCCCCUGUGAGCGAGGGCUCGAUGGUGCUUGUCGUAGAGCUGCAUAGAUAUACCGACCUCUCCAUCGCAGCCAAGGGCACCGCAGUCAAGGACACCACGACCAAGGUCCUUGCCGUUCAGUCCGUCGAAAGGACCGUAAUAACGCAGCAGUCUCUUCAAGAGUACUUCCAACACUACCAGUCCUACCUCAAAAGCAACGUCUCCGGCCAACCUAUUCAGGCAGCGAGCAUCAAGGACACAAUGAAGGAGCGGUUCGGUCUUCUAGAUACGCAAUUACAGUCCAACUACAUCUUCCAGGUCUACACUCUACAAAUCCAACAGCAGGUCCUUAAUCAACUGGCCCUUCUCCAAAAUUACGUCUAG